CAGCUCUGUAGAUCUCUGGUCUUGUUUCCACUGCUGUUUGAACAGAAGAUCACUGAUUUUCAGGAAAUCUGAGCCGUGCGUUCAGUGGUGGCAUUGAAGAUGCCGUUCCUCCUGCCGCUCCUUGCCCUCCUCCUCCUGUCCGCCGCUCCCACAGUAACUGAAGUGGUGGCAUCGAUGUCGGAAUGUGACGAUAACUUUCUUUACCAAGCUCCACCACAGAUCAAGGGAAUUUUGGAGGGAGGGAACAUCCUGGACCAGAACAGAUACAAGCCCAUUUGCCAGACCUUGAAUAACAAGAGAACAUUUGUGACACUCUACGACACCACCAACAAGAUCCCAGUGUUCUCUGCUUACAAUUACACUGGGAAAGAAAGGAUUGAUCGGUUGAUGAUAGAACCACAGCUUGAGGAAAUAACCUUGAAUAAAAACAUGGAGGUUGAAGACGACAGCAAGUGCUACAUUCACCAGGCCGUUUCGGGAGAUUACAGUAAUAGCCCAGAAUACAUCAGAGGGAAUUUAUUACCACAAUCCUAUGGUCUUACCAAAAAUCACAAAAAAUCUACUUUUACCAUGACCAACAUUGUUCCUCAAGUAAAAUCAUUUAAUACGGGAAGCUGGAGUAACAUGGAGAAAUGCGUUCAAUGUGUCCUUGAUAAAUACUGCAUCAACAACAAUGGCAAACCUGAAGGCUUUGUGGUGAUCGGAGCACGGCCCAGCAACAACCAUCUCCUCAACAACAAGGUUAAUAUUCCCUCCAUGCUCUGGUCAGCUUUCUGCUGCUACAGCAAGAGUCAGGGACCGUUAGCAGGGGCACACUGGGGUGACAACACUGAAGAUGGCGAGACAGUGCUUCAGACCAAGACCUUGGCCCAGCUCCAUCGAAAGCUGGGAGGAAGAUCUGAAGUAUUCCCUGGAACAAACUGUCCGCUCUACACCACUGUCACCGACCUUUACCCUAAUCUCAAUAAGGCCUGUAAGUGCCCUGCACCCACAACCACCAAAACUACUGCUGCCACAACCUCUACCACAAAAGUCACCACUACAACCACCACCACAACAAAGAAGAGAGAGAAAGAUGAAAACGACAAAGAAAGGGAGAAGGGGAGAAAUGACGGAUCCUCAGGAGGAGAUAUGGAACCAGCUAAUCCUAUUCCAGGUGGUGGUUUGCACGUCUACCAAACCUUCUUCAACUACAGCUAUGCAAACUGCCACCAGCUCUACAACCUCACCUGGAACUUCCUCUACAUCUGGCCCUGUCAGUACCACAUCUAG